AAGAAGAAAUCCAGAGAAGAAGGAAACUUUUCAUUUCGCUCUCAUCUCUCUCUCUCCUCCGAAAGCUCUGCGUACUGUUCAUCUUCUUCUCCACUUCACUCUAAAAGAUGCUUUGAAGUCUAGUAUGGUAGCUUCCAUGGUCCAUGCAUUUGAGAAGUCAUGCAGAGCCAUGUUUGAGCAUUUUGAUGCUACGUUUCAGAGAGGAAUGACCGAACAUACUUCCGCAGCUAUGCAGCAAUUAGAGAAUGCUAACUCUCCGCUUACACAUGCUUUAAGGCAGGUUGACAUUCCCAUUAAUCCAAGAGAAGAACUGUCAAGAUUAAUAUCCGAGCGCAAAUAUGAGGAAGCAUUCACCUCAGCCCUGCAGAGAAGGGAUGUCUCAACCCUCAAUUGUCCCCUGGUUAUGUUCUCAGAGAUGAAGAUAAUGCACUACAGCAGCAAUCACAGCAUACUGUUGGUUGGAGAAGGUGACUUCUCCUUCGCAGCCUGCUUAGCUCGAGCUUUUGGCUCUGCUCCUCACAUUGUCGCCACUUCCCUAGAUUCCCGAGGAUUCACCAGAAACUCAUUAAAGGGUUCCUCAAGAGUGCAAGUUCGAUGCUGAGUUACAAUGGGCAAGUUCAUAUUACCCACAAGACGGCCUAUCCUUUCAGCGCAUGGGACAUAGUUGGUCUAGCCAAUGAAAUUGGGUUGUACUUGCUCGAUGAAGACGAGUUUAUGCCCUUGAGGUACCCGGGGUAUGUCAAUAAGAGAGGAGAUGGGCAUCACUGCGACAAAAGUUUUCCCAUUGGGUCGUGCAGUACAUAUAAGUUCACCAAACUUAGACGGGGUCUUCUAAUCAGUUAGUAGUGACUAGUGACUUAUAAUCAGGCGCAUGGCUUCCAUUGUAAUGAUCACCGGCACAAUUGGCAUAUUAGUCUUUUGCAAGUCAAUUUCUACGUUAUUCCUA